CAUCGAGCACACUGGGCAGUAAAGCAGUUAAACAUAGACCAGACAGCAACUAGGGAUAAGAGGAUGCUACAGUUAAAUGAGUUGGAUGAAUUUCGGAUGGAUGCCUAUGAGUAUGCAAAAUUGUAUAAGGAGAGAACAAAGAAAUUGCAUGAUAAAUACAUUCAGAGGCGUGAGUUCACUCCAGGUCAACAAGUAUUGUUGUUCAAUUCUAGGUUGAAACUUUUUCCUGGAAAAUUGUGCUCUAGAUGGUUUGGUCCAUUCACAGUUGUUCAAGUCUUUCCACAUGGGGCAGUUGAAGUGACUCACGAGACAAAAGGAACCUUCAAAGAACAUGAUAUCGCAGAACACUCAAACCAACAUAAACCAAGGAAAAAGCAUAAUGAAAAAUUUGCCUAG